GAGCAGUAAUUCAGCACAUAUUUUAAGUCUGUGUGAAUAAAUUGUACAACUACUUCUAUGAGUGAACAAAAAGAAAAUUUUUUCAAGCAUCCCAGAAGAAAAACGGUUUAUGUUGCCUCACGUUAUUUGGAGAAAGCGAAUGCUAUUCAUCGAUCCGCUUCGUCUGUAAGAGAAAAACCGAACAAAGGACAACAAAACAGUUUGAUCGGUAAGCAGCAAUCAUCUCCAAAACUUGGAGCCAAUGCAUCUAAUGCUCGAUUGGUCAUUGAUGAUUCCGUUGCUUCUGCAAUUCAUCCACAUGAUAUGGGACACAGUAGUUUAACUGAACACUCUUCAGAAACUCAUGAUUUAUCUGCAAUUAGUUCAAGUUCAUUAUUACCUGUGGAUAAUCCUAUGAAAAAAAUCAAUGAUUUAGAUGUUGAUUCACUGUCUGAUAUAUCAUUAGCUGUAUACAGUAUUUGGACAUUGUUUCAACGUUAUGCAUCAAAUUACAUUGUGAAUAAAGUGGAAUGUGAUUAUGUUAAGAUAGUUGAUCUGCUAAAUCGCAUAAAAUCUAAACGUGAAGAAAUUAUCCGCUUACGCAAAUUAAAAUGUGAAUGGGAGAAUUGGUAUCAAUCAGUUAAAGAUUUACAUAAUGAGCGCAAAUUACUUACAAAUUUAAUUCAAACGUUGGGUAUAUCUGAAAAUAAUUCAACAGAGAAAGAUAAUUCUUUAAAUAGUCAAAUCGAGUUAUUGCCUCAACUGGAACAAUCUAUAUUACAAAAAUUUUCACCUGUAUUCAAUCGUCUAAUUGUAAAAGGGAUAAAGUUAGACAAUUGUGAAAAUGUUUUAAACGAUUUGAAACAACUUAAUGACAUAGCAUCUUUAUUUUCUAACAUUAAUGAAAACGAUAUUAAUUCAUUUGAACAAUUAGCCAAUGAAAUUCACAAUUUCGCUGAUCAUUUACAAACUGUCAUUUAUCCAAAUAAUAUUACUCAGUAUGAACAAUUAAUACAAUGUUUACAAACUUUUAUUUUACAAACUUCAUUGAAAUGUGAACAAAUUGAACGUCAAUGGCUAAAACAAACAAUGUCAUCAGAUUAAAUUUUUUGAUAACUCUAUUUUUGUGAAAGAAUAAUUUGACUCAUUUUUUUUUGAUAAAUUUAUU